AAGAUAGGACGAUAAAUUGAUAAGUGUAAUUAAAAGAUCCCGAGAUAAUUCGUUAAUAUAAAUGAUAGACCGGUCUAAAUUGCGUUAUGAGUUAGGUAAUACGGUAAAAUGAGGUUAGCGUUGCUGCUGCUCCCUCUGGUAGCUUCUGUGGUGGCAGAUCUGGUGGAGGAACCGGAGCUGCCCCUCGCCGAGCCGUGUGAUGAGGAGAAAUGCCAGCUGCCCAGCUGCAGGUGCUCAUCUGUGAGCAUUCCUGGAGGGCUGCAGGCUAGAGACACUCCACAGUUCGUCCUCCUAACCUUCGACAAUGCGGUCGACACAAUCAACACGGCGACAUACAGAAAUCUGUUGUACUGGCGCACCAACAGCAACCAGUGCAAGGCCGGAGCGACCUUCUUCAUCAACCACGAGUACUCCGACUACACCCUCAUCAACGAGCUGUACAACCAGGGCUACGAGAUCGGCCUCAAGUCCAUCUCCCACCAGACGCCACAGGAUUACUGGAGGGACGCUGACUACGAGACGCUGAUGGCGGAAUUCGCCGAUCAGAAAAAAAUGAUGGCGCACUUCGCUAAUAUUCCGGAGUCUGCUAUCACUGGAAUGCGCAGCCCCUUCCUCCAAAUGGCUGGCAACGAGACGUACAAGGUGUUGGCGUCCGCCGGCCUCACGUACGACUCCUCGUGGUCCACCAUCGCGUACACCGACCCCGGUCUGUGGCCCUACACCCUGGACUACGAGUCCAUCCAGGACUGCGUGACCGCGCCCUGCCCCACCGCGUCGGUGCCCGGAGCCUGGGUAGUCCCCAUGAUCGCGUGGUUUGACUUACUAAAUAUCCCCUGUGCUAUGGCCAGCUCCUGCUUUGCUCCACCAGAUUACGAGGACGAAGAGGCGUGGUUCAAGUUCAUGGUGACGAACUUCGAGAGGCACUACCUCAGCAACCGCGCGCCCUUCGGCCUCUUCUUCAACGAGUGGUUCAUCCGCGCCUACCCCCCCGUGCAGAGAGCCUUUGUCCGCUUCCUGGAUCUCAUUAACGAGUUGAACGAUACGUUUAUGGUUAGUGCCAAAGAUGUCCUCGAAUGGGUAAGAGAUCCCAUCCCCAUCGACGAAUACAGGAAGAAGCCGUGUAAGACUGUGCAGGAGGCCGCCUGCCGCUCUACCCUCUGCGGACCGCUCAGUGCCAGCCACACGGAGCUGGUCUACUACAUGUCGCAGUGCAACCAGUGUCCCAGCGUGUACCCGUGGGUUGGGAACCCGUACGGACUAUAA